CACUAUAGUACCGGAUACCUGCAAUUAUAAACAAUCUAGGUCCAAUACUUAUUGAACCACUUAAUUUAUCUAAUACCAAAUGUUGGUAUUCCAGUGGAUUUAGACUCUCAUACUAUGUUUAAAUAAGACGAUUGUGUGAAUUUUUAAUGCUUAAGGCUGUAAAUAGAAGAAUGAUUUAUUAACCGGGGUAGCAUUAAUAUAAAAGAAAAGUGCACAUACCAAUUCCCAAACAUUCGUUUGUAAAGAAAAUCACGUGGAAAGUUCAACAGAUCAAGCCCUUAUAGACCACAAACUUACAGUACAGAGAUAGUAGUGAUAAUAGCAAACAAUAAUGGAUAUCUUAUGGUCAAUUGUAGGGGCAUGUUUACCAUGUUUUCCUGAUUUAUCUUCACCAUCUGUAACAAUUAAGGAUAUCAAAUAUAGAAUUGUUAAAUUAUUAGGAGAAGGAGGAUUCUCAUACGUUUAUCUUGUAAAAUCAAAUAAUGAUAAUGCACCAUAUGCUAUAAAGAAAAUAAGAUGCCCAUUUGGAUCUAAUGAUGAAAGUUAUAAAAAUUCAAUUAAAGAAAUUAAAAAUUAUCAUAGAUUUGUUAAAUUUGGAACUCCAUAUAUAAUUCAAAGUAUUGAAGAAGUAAUUAUUAAUGAACCUGAUGGUUCAAAAUCAAUUUAUAUAUUAUUACCAUAUUUUGAAAAAUCUUUACAAGAUAUUAUUAAUAAUUUAGUAUUAAAUGAUGAUAAAAUGCCAGAAGAUGAGAUAUUAAAGGUAUUUAUAGGAAUAUGUAGAGGAUUAAAAGUUAUGCAUAAUUAUAAAACAACAUCUGAUGAACAAAGACAUCAACAACAUGAUAAUGCUUCGACAACAAGUACAGAUGAAGAGGGAUUAUUAUUACCACCAGGAAGUGAUGAUGAUGAAGAUGGUCCAACCAAUAUUCCAACUGAAUUACUGGAAUUAAUUCCAUAUGCUCAUAGAGAUAUUAAACCAGCUAAUGUUAUGAUAUCAGCUGAAGGAUUACCUGUUUUAGUAGAUUUAGGUUCAUGUUCUAAAGCAAGAAUAAAAAUUAGGAAUAGACAACAAGCUUUAACUUUACAAGAUAUAGCUCAAGAACAUUGUACAUUACCUUAUAGAGCUCCUGAAUUAUUGGAUGUUGUUAAAAAUUCAGAAAUUACUGAAAAGACUGAUAUUUGGUCACUAGGUUGUUUAUUAUAUGCUUGUUGUUUUGGUUAUUCACCUUUUGAAAAAUUAGAGAUAGAGCAAGGGGCUAAUAUUAGUUUAGCAAUAUCUCAAGGUAAAUUUUUAAUUCCAAAAAAUAAUGGAGGUUAUUCAUCUGAAUUAAUGGAUAUUAUUAAUCAAUGUCUUAAAUUAAAUCCUGAUAAAAGACCAACUAUUGAUAAGUUGUUAGAUACAGCUUUAGAACUUUCAAGAAAGCUGAAUUAUUAAUUCUCUUAUAUUAUAGUAAUUUUAUAUAAUUUUUAAUUUUUUAAGAAAUUGAUAACAUUUAUGAUAAUGAAAUUUACGCGAUGAAAAUUUCACAGUAUUUUCUUUUUGGGGCAAUUCACUAAAAUGU